AUGGGUUGGCGGGAUAUGUUCGCCUCCGAGGCAGGCCAGUUCCGCCAGGACAUGCAGCGGCAUCGGUUGCUUCCCACUCAUGAAGGAGACGAGACUCCGACUGAUCACCCUGCAAAGGAAGUGACCAGACUUGCUCUGCGGCUGAAAUACCAGCUUGAACAAGUUAUUCCCUUUGAGCUGGAUGAGGAGACGAUCACCAGCGCCAAUAGCAGGAUUAUCACUCAAGACGUGAUCAAAACUGCCAUCCAAGCCGGAGGAGAUGACCUCCGAGCAUGCGUUCCAUUCUGUCUACUCGUAUGUCUGCGAUGGUUCAAGCACCAAGCAGAGAAGGAGCUGUGGGAUGCCGACCUCCAUCAGCUUCGAGCCACAGCUUGUGAUGUUAUAGCGAAGCGAAUCAUCGAGUCCGAAGAAGACAAGAAUUAUCUCCUCGUCCAUGUCCUGCUCAAGCGCUACUCCAUCUUCCAAGACGGCGAAGAGAGCGACCCAGCCAACGUCAUUGAGCGAGCCGUUGAUCUUCACGCCUUGAGAGUGAUCGGCUCAUCCGGAUACCAGAAAUGCAUCAAGUAUCUCUGGAACGGUUGGCUAUGCCAGCAGGAAGGAAAGCCCACCAAUUUCGUCCCCUACCAUGCCAGAGACAGCACCGAGUUCGCGGUGCAUUUCCAUCCAGACCGAAUGCGCGCGCCCAUCUAUCAGAGCGCAUGCCAGAUCCUAUUUUCAUUUGUCUACCUAGGGCUAUACACUCAAGUCAUCCAGUCCGUCAACCCGACCGGCGACCUGGACGUCGGCGAGGGGAUACUCUACAUUAUGACCCUGGCGUUCAUUUGCGACGAGGUAACUAAGCUCUGGAAAAUUGGACGAAAUUACUUCGACUUCUGGAACGCAUUCAACUCCACCCUUUACGCCAUACUCGCGGUAUCCUUCUUCUUGCGUAUCGCGGCUUUUUCACAUUCCGCCUCUUCUGGAGACGAAAAGAGACAGGAGCUAAACCAACUAAGCUACAACUUCCUAGCUUUUGCAGGCCCUAUGUUCUGGAUGCGCAUGAUGCUCUACCUGGACACCCUCCGUUUCUUCGGCGCCAUGUUCGUUGUCCUCCGCGUAAUGAUGAAGGAGAGUCUGAUCUUCUUUGCUCUUCUCCUUGUUGUCUUGAUUGGCUUCUUUCAAGCCUUCACGGGUAUGGCCCAAGUUGAUGAAGGCUCUCUCGGGACAAGGGGAAUCAUCAUAGGAAUGGCAAACAGUAUCAUGCAGAGCCCGGAGUUCGGCAUGUUUGAGGACUUUGCUUUUCCGUUUGGUAUCAUCCUCUAUUACUUCUACACUUUUAUCAUCUUGACCAUCCUCCUGAACAUUCUCAUCGCUCUGUAUAACAGCGCCUAUGAAGCCAUCUCAGGCAACGCAACAGACGAAUAUAUGGCUAUCUUCGCGCAGAAAACUAUGCAAUUCGUCCGCGCACCAGACGAAAACGUCUUCAUCCCUCCAUUCAACCUUCUCGAAAUUCUCUUCCUAAUCCUGCCUUUCGAGUGGUGGCUUCCGGCCCCUGCCUACGCAAAGCUCAACGAUAUCGUCAUGGGCAUAAUCUACUCGCCAUUGCUGCUCGUAAUCGGAUUCCUGGAAGUGCGCGAGGCGCGCCGGAUCCGACGUAACCGCCGACGCGGUGAGGAGGAUGACGACCAUGUUGAGGAGUGGGAGUUCAUGGCUGAGCAGGUGGGUUUUGAGGUUGAUGAUGAGUGGAAGGAGGUUGUCAAGCAGAGCAGUCCGGAUGUGAGGGCUGACCCAGCUGCGGAGGAGAUCGCGAAGUUGAAGGAGGAGGUUAGGGCGUUGACGGAGGUUGUUAGGGGGUUGGUUGAGGGUGGUGUGGAUGGUAGGAGGGAGAGGGACAGGAUGGGGGAGUCGAGUUCUAGUCUUAGGGCUGCGGAGUGA